GUCGGUCAUAAUGACACCGAAAAAGAAACGCAGCAAGUUGUGGGAUUAUUUCGAGGAAUUGAAAUCUUUGCUGGUAAAAUGCGCAAUUUGUAAAAUACAAAUUCAUAUGCCUCAUCCAUCGAACAGCCCAGCAAUAAUGAUAGGACACUUAAAUAGACAUGGAAUAUUUUUCAAUAAUGACACAUAUACACUACCUGACGACUUGAGAGAAUAUUACUCGGAGUUACCGGGAUAUAAGGCAAAAUGUAAUGAUUGUAGUAAAACAAUGCCUUUUUUAACAGAUAUUAUACGUUUACGAAAACAUUUAAGAAGACAUUCCACAAGAAUUCUGAGUCGAGAUGAGGGAGCUGAACGCAGCAGAGUGCAAGAGUAAAGGCACAUCCCGUGUGCGGCGUGUG